AUGUCUCUCCUCAACCCCAUGCCUCUACAUGUUCUGCAAUCGAAGAAUUCUUCUGAUCAUCAACCACAUGAUCAUAAUCGAUACCAAGUUCUUAAUGUUGUGAGCCGGGGAUCUUACGGGGUGGUUUACCGCGCUUGGGAUACGGAGGCCGGCGAAAUCGUGGCGAUCAAGCACGAGUUGUCGGGUUUGAGCCCAUCAACCAUUCGAGAAAUCAAAAUCCUGCAGUCGCUGCCUCGCCACCGUUCGAUCGUGGAGUUGAAGAGAGUGACGGUGGAGGAGCGCGGGAAAGUGCUUGUUGUGAUGGAGUUUCUGCCCAGCGAUCUCAGCAGGCUGAUCGCUGCCAGAAAGGUGCCUUUCUUCGCGCCACAACUCAAAAUCAUGAUGUGCCAAAUUCUGGAUGGGGUCCGCUUUCUGCACGACAACGGCGUGAUGCAUCGCGAUUUGAAACCCGCCAACAUUCUCAUCAACGAAGGGAAUCGCCUCAAGAUUUGUGAUUUCGGGCUUUCGCGGUGGGAGAACGGGUCGGGGUCGUACACGCCGGGCAUGGUGACGCAGUGGUACCGAGCGCCGGAGAUUCUGAUGGGAGAGACCAACUACAAGAGCGCGGUAGACAUGUGGUCGGUGGGGUGCAUAAUGGCGGAACUGGUGCUGAGGAAGGUGCUUUUCCCGGGUAAAUCGGAGAUUCAGCAGUUGAGCCUCAUACACUUCUCCCUCGGCCACGCAAUGCAAGCGAUGCUAUGUACUUCUCCGCCGCUGCUUAGUGCUACCGGACUUGAUCUGCUGCUCAGCCUUCUUGCCUUGGAUCCCAACCACAGGAUCACUGCCAACGAUGCCCUCAAACACCCUUGGUUUCUAGAGUUAUGA